UGUCCCUCUACCACCUUUACACUUUCCGCCAUGGCUAGAAGAUAUGAUAGUCGAACCACCAUAUUCUCCCCUGAGGGGCGUCUAUACCAGAUCGAAUAUGCCAUGGAAGCAAUCUCGCACGCCGGUACGGUGCUCGGCGUUCUUGCCAAGGACGGCGUCGUCCUGGCAGCUGAGAAGAGGGUCACCGGGAAGCUCCUCGAUCUCUCGGGAGCUAAGGAUGGCGGGUACGGUGGUAGUGGCGAGAAGAUGUUCUUGCUGAACUCAAACGUCAUCGGUGGUGUGGCUGGUAUAACAUCAGACGCCAACUCGCUCGUCAACUAUGCUCGGACGACAGCCCAGCGGCACCUGCUGAUGUACAAUGAUGAUAUCCCUGUCGAACUUCUUGCUCAAAGACUAUGCGAUCUGAAGCAGGGGUACACGCAAUAUGGAGGCCUUCGGCCAUUCGGUGUCUCGCUGCUUUACGCUGGCUAUGACCCUCAUUACAAAUUCCAGCUGUAUCACUCCGAUCCAUCAGGAAACUACUCGGGCUGGAAAGCGACUUGCAUAGGCGCCAACAACGGCACCGCCCAGAGCCUCUUGAAGCAGGAGUACAAAGAUGAUAUCCUCGUCAAGGAUGCUAUUGGCCUCGUGCUUCGGAUCAUGAGCAAGACAAUGGACAGCACCACGCUGGGUAGCGAAAAACUUGAAUUUGCCGUAUUGACCUACGAUGAGGAGGCCAAAGCACCCAAGGCCAAGAUCUACAAGCCUGGCGAGAUCGAUGCUCUUUUGCAGGCUGAGGGCCUUGCGAAGAAGGAAGAUGACGAGAUGAAGUCAUAAUCUUGUACAUGGACUGUGUAAUCAUAAGCGGCGCUUGCAUUUUUCUCAUCAUGAAACUUAACAUUGAACCUGGGCGGUGAUCAGCCAGAUUUCACUAUACCGUCAUCACCAAAUGUUCGCCGCUUCGUCUCUUGAAGGACGCGUCAUCGCACAGCAGAUAACGUAUAGGGAAAAGGAUGAUAUAUUUGCAAGA